AUGUUUAGUUUAUUAUUUUUCGUGAGACAGAUGCGUGAGUACGGCACCACCAGUAGUUCAGAUCCCAUUGUAUUGUACUCAUGGGUGUUAUUAGUUCUCGACAGGGAAGGCAAUUUCUUUACACGAUAUUGGUUCUUUUUUUUGGAAAGGCUUAUUCUAACGGGUAUAGAACCGUUCGAUUCAGAAAUUUUCUUUGAAUUAGACUUUGCACCUUCUAAAACUACUGAUGCUACAACUUCCAAUAAACUCCAAUUCGACCUACCCUUGUCCAGUCAGUCAACAGCUGAUAUUAUUAACGAUGAAGAGAUUCAAGAAAUAAUGCAAACUCCGCCAUCUACUGAAAUCGUCGAAAAAAUGAAAGAGGACUGUAAUCUGUAUGAAGUUCAUUCUUCUACUUCUUGUACGAUACCAACCAAACAAUUUUACUCAACACGACUUCCGCCAUUGCCUGUUGCAGAAGUCAGAACUAAACGCAAAAGAGCUAAACUACCAUCCCUUGUUAUUUCAAGCACGCCAGUAAAAACUGUUUUGGAAACAAAGAAACAGGAAAAGCAAGACUAA